UUCUUGAUUGUAAACAAAAUGCCGGCGACGAUGCCGCCCCGCUACCCCACCUUACCCUCCUCCACACCCAUCCCAUCGUUGCUGCCCAAACCAGAGGCACCUAGGAUCAGAGCUCCCGAGCAGCGCCGAGUCCGGCGAUGGCCAUCGGUUCAGUGCAGCUCGGAGGUGUGAUUUGGUUCAGUCUCCACUGCGCCUGUCGUCUCCGGUGUGGACUGCUGCAACAAUGCCUCAUGGUGCUUCGUGGCGCUUGCAGUUCUUGACCGUGAGCGCCACCGGCCGUCCCCCACAGAGAUCCGGCCGGCACGAGCCCCGGACGCGGCCAUCACCACCAGAUCCGGCGGCCACGGGCCCGGGCACGCCCAUUAGCACUGGAUCCGGCGCCGCCACUGAAGCCACGCCGGCCAUCUACGCGCGAGCAACUCCGGCGUUGGGGCGCGCCGGGAACCGCCACGCCUUGCUCCUCUAGCACGCUGGAGACGUGAAGGGGAGGAUCCCCUAACUCCCCUGCCAACCGUCACGGCAUGCGACCUCCUCUCCCUUCGAGCUUGCCGGCCCCUCGUCUCCUACAGCCGUGCAGUCCGGCGACCACAGCCGUGCAGUCCGCGCCCGUGGCCGUGCAGCUCGGACAAGUGCGCAAACGCAUUGAAGUUCCUUGCUCAUGUGCGUGCUGCUCGAUGAACACAACUGCACUGCAGCUCCUGGAUGGUGGACUGCGGAAGGUGCGGGGCUCCUCCGACGUGCUUCGGUGGCCAAGUCCUUCCCUCUGUGUUGCUCGUUGCCUGAUUCCCGACACCGGCGGGGCCAAAAGAGGAGGAGAGGGCGGCAACCUACCUCUACGUCUAUGCCUUAGCUCACGGAUAGAUUCUCUGGAGGGAAUACAACGGGAAUGUCCCGAUUCAUAUAACUCCAAAGAAAGGAUUGGUGAUUGCAGAGUUGCGCUCGGCUCCAGCGACAUUCAGGACGGCCUUGUCAACCUUGUCCCUUGCCAGAAACAAGAUCUCGUCGCCUUCCGGUUUAUCAAACCCGCACAGCUCGAGAAAAUAUAUGCCCCCGAGACACCCAACUCUCUCCUGCAAGGCACAGAAAAGAUCAUCAAUGUCGGAUUGUGCAGCAGGUGAGGAGUGUAUGAAAAGCCCUCUUUACUUCAGCGUCCUCCUCUUGUCACAACAUUAGCCUCAUGUAGGUAAGUAUAAUCAAAUGAUUAUAAUGUCCUGAUUUAUUUUAUAUGUAAGUUAAGCAAAAUCAGCAUCAUAUAACUAGUACAGUUUAUAUUAAGGUUUGUGAAUACUGGAGUAGCAUACAGUACACCAACAUCACUGAUUGAGCUGUUAACUAAUGAUACCAAGGUUCAAAACAAAACAGGAAACCGAACCUGGCAAGUCAUUCACGAUAAGACAGUGAAUCCAUGCCCUUCCUCCUCUCCUCCACAACGGGACAACAACCGGAUGAUGUCGUGCAGUUCCUUAGCUCCUGGCCUGCGGUUCAGGAAGCUUCGGUGUUCAGUCUGAUUUUUUUUGGCGCGUGGUUCAGGCGACCUAGGUGUUCAGUCAGACUGCAGUUCGCCGGCGAGAUCCUAGCCGCCAUGCAGUAGGGCCAGCGAGACCCACCCUAUAUAUAGAUGAUUCAGAACAGUUUCUUCCCACAUUUUUCUGGAUUUUGCAUGUGCGGUUCAGUGAGAUCCCAGCAAAUAUUCUGUGUGUAUUUUUCAGAUUAUGGCUGUUGAUUUGGGUGAAUUCAGUUUCCAAUGAAGUUUGUUAAAUCUCUCUGUGUAGUUGCGGCUGGCAUCGGCA